AUGAAGUUAGGAUCUUCCGUCAACGCCUUGUUGGCAUUGGCAAGCCCUGCUGCGGCAUAUCAAGCCUGGAGCUAUACCAAUGUGUCUGAUCCUUAUUACGGACAGAGCCCGCCUGUCUAUCCUUCACGUACGGUCCAUCAUACCCUACAUCCUAUACGCCAUCUACUGAUAAUUCCAUANGCUGCCGGUAAUGGGUCAAGCAGUACCCAAUGGGCCAAUGCAUACGCCCAAGCACGCAAUCUGCUUUCCCAAAUGACUCUUGAGGAGAAGGUAAACGUCACCCGUGGUUUCACUGGAACCUGCGUCGGCAACACUGGCGCCGUCCCUCGCCUGGGUAUCGAGCCAAUGUGCCUUUCGGAUGCGCCUGAUGGUAUUCGUGGUCAAGAGUUUGUCAGUGCUUUCCCUGCUGGCAUUCACGUCGCUGCCACUUUCGACAAAGACCUCAUGUAUGCUUAUGGUCGUGCUCUGGGCGAGGAGUACCGUGGUAAAGGCAUCAACAUUGCUCUUGGACCGGUUGCUGGACCACUUGGGAGAGUUGCGAGAGGCGGCCGGAACUGGGAGGGCCUAUCUGCUGAUCCUCACCUUGCUGGUGCCGGCAUGGGAGCUAUCACGAGAGGUAUCCAAGAUGUUGGUGUCAUCGCUACUGCAAAGAUGCUAACAUGUAAUNNAGCCAUGUCAUCUAACACUGAUGACAAACCUCUUCAUGAACUCUACGCCUAUCCUUUCAUGAAUGCUUUGAAGGAGAAUGUCGGCGCUGUAAUGUGCAGCUACCAACGCGCCAACAACUCGUACGGAUGCCAGAAUUCCAAGCUUCUCAACGGCAUCCUCAAGACUGAAUUCGGCUUCCAAGGGAUGGUCAUGUCCGACUGGGAAGCUCAGCACUCGGGUGUUGCCUCUGCAAAUGCUGGACUUGAUCUUGUCAUGCCUGACGGUGGUUUCUGGGGUGGUAACCUCACUCAAGCAGUCAACAAUGGCUCUGUCUCUAUUGACAGAUUGAACGACAUGGUCACUCGUCAACUGGCGGCUUUCUUCUAUGUUGGCCAGGGUGAAGGCUUUCCCGCUGCAGCCGUGCACAGUAAUCUCCAGAUCCAGGAACCUGUUGACGUACAGGAUGAUCACUCUGAUCUGAUUCGAGAAAUUGGUGCUGCUGGAACUGUCCUUGUCAAAAACGUCAAUCACACUCUACCGCUCAGGAACCCUCGUUUCUUGUCAAUCUAUGGAUACGAUGCAACCAUCAAGGCAGACCCCUGGCAAAACCCAAGCAGAUAUGGUGGUGGAUACGAGGUCAAUUUUGGUUGGAACACCUUUAAUGGUACCAUGAUCACUGGUGGAGGAUCUGGUGGCAGUACACCUCCCUAUGUCAUCUCGCCCUUCCAAGCCAUCCAAGAACGUAUCGCCAAAAACAAAGGGACGCUUCGCUGGGACUUCCACUCCGAGAACCCCUACCCGCCUUAUCUUAACUCCGAGGCUUGCUUAGUCUUUGUCAACGCAUAUGCGUCUGAAAGCUUCGAUCGCACAACAUUGGCAGACGAGUUCAGUGACAACUUGAUCAAGAAUGUCGCGGCCAAUUGCUCGAAUACCGUUGUCGUGAUACACAGUGCUGGCAUCCGAGUUGUCGAUGAAUGGAUUGAUCAUCAGAACAUCACCGCGGUGCUCUUCGCAGGCCUUCCCGGCCAAGAAUCAGGACACUCUUUGACAGACAUUCUCUAUGGUGAUGUCUCGCCUUCUGGCCGUCUUCCCUACACUGUUGCCAAGAAAGAAGAAGACUAUGGUGACCUCCUAAACUCGACCAUCUCAUUCGACCCUUAUCCCCAAUCAAACUUUUCGGAAGGCGUAUACAUCGAUUACCGCCAUUUCGACCACUACAAUAUCACUCCGCGCUUCGAGUUCGGCUUUGGCUUGUCUUACACUACUUUCAACUACAGCAAGUUGCAAACAGCUAGACUUGCCGAUGGAAAUCUGUCGCCUUAUCCCGACGCAAAUGUCGCAAUCGUCUCCGGCGGGCAUCCCCAACUCUGGGAUGAGAUCUUCUCUGUUUCCUUUGAGGUCGUGAAUACUGGCAAUGUGUCUGCCCAUGAGGUCCCUCAGGUCUAUGUGGGUAUUCCUGAUGCGCCGAAAAAGCAGCUCAGAGGCUUUGAGCGAGUCCUUCUGCAGCCUGGACAAAAUAAAAGAAUCAACAUUCCACUGACGAGAAGAGAUCUAAGUGUCUGGGAUGUCGUGGCUCAGCAGUGGAAAUUGCAGUCUGGGCAGUAUGGGCUUUGGGUGGGUGCGAGCAGUAGAGAUUUCAGGUUGGUGGGAGGACUUAUUGUUUGA